UAAUUGAAUAACCUCCGUAGCAGAAGAAGGAAGUGGUGGAGUUCACUUCCCCUUCCAGAAUUCUGCGUUUCACACAUCUCCCUUUUUUUAUCAAUCAAUUUUUGGCUUCUGGGUUUUCAGUGAUUUGUUCUAAAGUUUCAGAUUUUGUUAUUAUCCCACUACAGUUCACACUCUGUAACAAUACGUGGGGAAAGCCUAGUGCUUGUGGAAAUUCAACAACUUUUGGAGUUUUCUUCAUUGAUUGAACUUUGUUUCGUCGAUUGGAUCAUUCGGGUGGUUUUAGAGUUGAAGGGGUUAAAAAUGAUGCUGCAUUUUGUGCAGCCGUCAAAGUUGAAAACUAAGAAGAUGGUGUUUGAGGAUGUAUAUGCUUCCUGUGAUUCUACAACGCUUGAGCAUCUUAAGGAAUUAAGCUCAAAACGUAAAGCUAUUGAAGAUUCUAUUAAUGAGUGCAACUUCGUUACAGAAGCUAUUGCAAAAGAAAUGUCUGGAGGGUUGGAAUCUCGCUUUGAACAGGAUAUUCACAAAAUAGAGAAUUAUCUGCCAUUUCUGGAAAUUUUGAUUCCCUAUGCUGAUGCAACAAGUACCAUUAACCAAAUCCAAAUUUCUCAAUGGAAUGCGGCUCUUAAGAUACGCUGGAGUAGUGCCCUGACCACAUCUUCUUUCUUCAAAAUCAAGGGCCCCAAAUUUUUUCAAAUUAACAAUUUGCGAUUUGAGCUUGGUAUGACCCUUUUUCUUUGUGGUGGAAUCCUGCGAGAGAGGGCUUUAGAAGUUUUAUCAACCGAUUUGGUUCAAUCUGCCACCAUUUUCAGACAAGCUGCUGGCAUUUAUCAUCACCUAGCACAAGAGGUUCUUCCCCACUUAGAGCCUGAAUUGCCACCAGAAAAACCCCCUGAAGCUCUUGCUGCAGUAUCCUCCAUUAUGAGCCUCAUUUGCUUGGCUGAGGCCCAGGCAGUAACCAUAAGGAAGGCUGAAGAGAAAGGUACUUCUUCAAGUCUCCUGGCAAAGUUGCAUCAUGGUGUUACACUUUUUCUUGAAGAAGCUAUUGGAAUUUUUCAUACAGUUGUUACACAGUGCAAAGACAUUUCAUCACGCUUGUCGGAAUUUAUGUAUUUCUGCAAGUGUUUACAUGAGUUGAAAGGUCAGCAAUAUCUUGCAGAAAGCCUGAAGGCUUGUGGUCAAAUAGGGGCUGCUAUUGGAGUUCUUAGUUCUGUGUUGAAUAAGGUGAAAAAGAAGAUACCAGGGGAAGAUCCUUGGAAAUCUAUUUACCAAAAGCAAAUUCAAGAUGCUUCUGAAGUGCUUAGAAAGUUUGUACAUGAGAAUGAUUUUGUUUGGCAUGAGAAAAUCCCUUCAAUAUAUGAGUUACCCUUGCCUGAGGGUACUAAAAUAGUCACUUUUAUUCCUUAUAGUCCCAAAAGAUGGGAAAGACAACUUUCUUUCAAGGGACUGGUGUAGGGGAAAAUAGAAAAAUGUUUGGUUGGAGAUGACAAAAGAGAGAGAGAAAGAGGGGGAAAGAACUAAAGAGGAGGUUCUUUUCCAAUGUAGAAUGUAGAGGUUGGUGUAAACAAAAUGUGAUGUGAAAUAAUUAGAUGUGGAGAAAAAAACAUACAGUAAGUAAAUUUGGUGCAUGUUUGGAUAAUCGUUCUGAACGUACUUUUGAGUGCUAAACAUAUUUUUGAAGAAAAAUUAUCUUUUAUUUGGAAUGUACUUUUGGGAAGGGUGCGGCGAUUAUCCAAGCAUGCUCCUAGUAGUUUAUUUGGACAAAAAUGGUCAUGGCACAUCAAGGAUCUUUGUUUUUCUUUUUACCCCUUUA